UGAUGCCAGUGCCAAAGCUCGUAAAUACGGUAUGUUAAGUGGAGCACUUGGAGGUCCGGGAAUAGGUCCUGGUGGGGUCAGGCCUGGUGGUGCCGGCACAGGCUAUGGACCAGGUGGUACUGGGACAGGCUAUGGACCAGGUGGAGUCGUACCUGGUGGUGCUGGUACUGGUUUUGGACCAGGUGGAGUCGGACCAGGUGGUGUUGGCACAGGCUAUGGACCAGGUGGAGUCGGACCUGGUGGUGCUGGUACUGGUUUUGGACCAGGUGGAGUCGGACCUGGUGGUGCUGGUACUGGUUUUGGACCAGGUGGAGUCGGACCAGGUGGUAUUGGCACAGGCUAUGGACCAGGUGGAGUCGGACCUGGUGGUGCUGGUACUGGUUUUGGACCAGGUGGAGUCGGACCUGGUGGUGCUGGUACUGGUUUUGGACCAGGUGGAGUCGGACCUGGUGGUGCUGGUACUGGUUUUGGACCAGGUGGAGUCGGACCAGGUGGUGUUGGUACAGGCUAUGGACCAGGUGGAGUCGGACCAGGUGGUGCUGGCUAUGGACCAGGUGGUGCUGGCUAUGGACCAGGAGGUUAUGCCGGUGCCAAAGCCCGUAAAUAUGGUCUGCCGGGAGGUGGCGGAGGUGCUCUUGGUGCAGGAGGACUUGGUGGUGGAGUUGGGCCUGGAUCUGGGCUCGGAGCAGGAGGAGGGAUUCCAGGAAGAGGUGUUGGAAUAACAACUGGCGGUGGACCUGGAGCAGGAUUAGGGACCGGUGGGAUACCUGGUUCUGGUGUUACAACGGGAGGUGGACCAGGUGGCUUUGGACCAGGUGGUGCUGGAGGGCUUCCUGGUGGUGGCGUAGGACCAGGACCUGGCUUCGGCCCUGGGACCACAGGAGCAGUAGGAACUGGAGGAACAGGAUAUGGACCUGGUGGAUAUGGGCCAGGUGUUGGACCUGUGCCUGGUACUGGUUAUGGACCAGGUGGAGGCUAUGGUGUGGGACCAGGGACUGGAUAUGGAACAGGUUAUGGACCUGGAUCAAAACCUGCUAAAUACGGUCAAGGUGGAAUGGGUGCUGGUGGCGUACUUGGAGGUGGAGCAGGACGAGGUGGUUAUGGACCAGGAGGUUUUGGACCUGGCACUGGAGGCUUUGGUACGGCUGGAUCUAAAGCUGCUAAGUACGGGCAACCUGGUGGAGUAAUACCUGGGGCAGGAGCAGGGACUGGCACUGGAGGAGCAGGGACAAGGACGGGCACUGGUGUUUCAGUGAAUGGCACCAGCACUGUUGGUGGUACAGGGACAACAGCUGGACCCAGCGGAAGAGGACCUGGAGGCACACCAGCUCCAUCAUCAGAAGGUGAUGGUGGUGCUGGCAGUGUGAUAGAAGGGUCUGGAAGUUCAGGAGGAGAAGGAGGCACUGGUGUAGGUGGCAGACCAGUGGGAACAGGUGGUGAUGGAGAUGGCCUGAGUGGAACAGGAAUCCCCAUCAUUGGAGCAAAACCAGGACUCAAUGGGACCGAAGUUCCAGGUUCCACUGGAGCUGUCCCUGUUGGUGGCGGGGCUGUGACACCAAGUGCAGGGACGGGUGUUGGUUCUGGUGGUGAUGUCUCAAGCGGGACGCUGCCUGGAGCCAAACCUCUUAAACCCCCAGGUGUCCCCAGAGGUGACACACCAGGCGAAGGAGAUGGAGAGGGAGGUCCUGAUGGUGAGAGAGGUGGUACAGGCGGAGGACCAGGAGGAGUAGGAGGGGGUCCUGCCAGUUCAGGAGGAGCAGGAGGGGUUUUAGGUGGUGUAACAGGUGUGGGAAGAGGAGACAGUCCUGCUACUGGAACUGGAGUUGGACCACAAGGUGCAACUGGUGGCGUGGGAGGAACACCUAAACCACCCAAAGUGUACAGACCUGAUGGGACUGUGACAGGAGCUGGUCCUGGAGGAGUUGGAGCCGGUCCUGGAGGAGUUGGAGCUGGACCUGGAGGAGUUGGAGCCGGCCCUGGAGGAGUUGGAGCUGGACCUGGAGGAGUUGGAGCCGGCCCUGGAGGAGUUGGAGCCGGCCCUGGAGGAGUUGGAGCUGGACCUGGAGGUGUUGGAGCUGGUCCUGGAGGUGUUGGAGCUGGUCCUGGAGGAGCAGGCUUGGUACCUGGGGCUGGUGGGCCUGGUGGAGUAGGAACAGGAGCCCUUAAACCUGGAAAAAGUUAUGGUGCUGGUGGAGCUGGAGUUUUACCAGGAGGAGGUAUACGUUACCCAACUGGAGCUGGAGUAGGACAGGGAACCGGAAAACCAGGCAAAGCAUAUGGAACUCUUGGAGCAGGAGGCCAGGGUGGCUAUGGUACUGGUCCAGGAGGAUAUGGUGCAGGACCCGGAGGCUAUGGGGCUGGCCCAGGUGGCUAUGGUACUGGACCUGGAGGCUAUGGAGGCAGAGGCGUUGGUCCUGGGGGAGCUGGAACACUCGGAGCUGGAGGGGUUGGAACUGGUCCUGGAGGUUUGGGAGGAGGUGUAGGAACAGGAGUAGGCCCCGGUGGAGUUGGUGGUGGACUGGGGGGAUAUGGUGGUGGUGUGGGUCCUGGUUCAAGAUAUGGCACAGGUACAGGACUGGGUACCGGCACAGGCAAACCACCAAAAAGUUAUGGACCAGGUGGAAUUGGUUCUGGUCCAGGAGGUUUUGGACCAGGUGGUUUUGGGCCUGGUGGUGCAGGGACAGGACUGGGUGGUACCGGAACCAGACCAGGUGGCUUUGGACCAGGUGGUUUUGGACCAGGUGGUGUUGGCACAGGACCAGGUGGUUUUGGACCAGGUGGUGUUGGGCCUGGCGGUGCAGGGACAGGACUGGGUGGUGCCGGAACCAGACCAGGUGGCUUUGGACCAGGUGGUGUUGGCACGGGACCAGGUGGUUUUGGACCAGGUGGUGUUGGAACAGGACCAGGUGGUUUUGGACCAGGUGGUGUUGGCACAGGACCAGGUGGUUUUGGACCUGGUGGAGCAGGGACUAUUCCUGGUGGAGGUCAAGGACUGGGAGCAAGAAAGCCACCCAAAUCAGGCUAUGGAUCGUCCUCACUGGGUGUAGCUCAAGGUACUGGACCUGGCAGAUAUGGGCCUGGUGGGUUUGGGCCUGGAGGCGUUGGACCAGGUGGUGCUGGUACAGGAGGCUUCGGACCAGGUGGUGCUGGUACAGGAGGCUUCGGACCAGGUGGUGCUGGUACAGGAACAGGAGGCUUCGGACCAGGUGGUGCUGGUACAGGAGGCUUCGGACCAGGUGGUGCUGGUACAGGAGGCUUCGGACCAGGUGGUGCCGGUCCAGGAACAGGAGGCUUCGGACCAGGUGGUGCUGGUACAGGAGGCUUCGGACCAGGUGGCGCUGGAACAGGAACAGGAGGCUUUGGACCAGCGGGGCAAGGAUUAGGAAAAAGAAAACCUAAAGCUGGUUAUGGAGGAGCAGGGUAUGGAACAGCAGGAGGAUUAGGAGGAGGUGUGGGAACUGUUCCUGGUGGAGUAGGAGCUGGACCUGGAGGUUAUGGCCCUGGGGGAUAUGGUCCAGGUGGUGCUGGUUUUGGCCCAGGAGGUACUGGACCUGGUGGUUUUGGCCCGGGAGGUACUGGACCUGGUGGUUUUGGCCCGGGAGGCACUGGACCUGGUGGCUUUGGCCCAGGAGGCGCCGGACCUGGUGGCUUUGGCCCAGGAGGUGCUGGAACUGGGCCAGGGGGUUUUAGACCUGGUGGGGCUGGUGGAUAUGGACCUGGUGGCCAGGCACUUGGGACAAGAAAGCCUCCUAAAUCAGGUUAUGGCUCGUCAUUGGGUGGAACUGGCUAUGGACCAGGUGGUGGAGUAGGAGGGCUUCCUGGUGCAGGAACAGGACGUAUCAAUGGAGGCACAGGUAGUGUAGCGGGAGGUGCAGGAAGUCCUGUUGGAGCAGGCCAGGGAGCAGGAGGAGUGGGCGGCUUACCAGGGGGUGCUGGACCUGGCUUUGGUGGGGCAGCUGGUGGAGGCUAUCCAGGAUAUACGGGGGCCGGGCAAAAAUCCAAGGCACAGAAAGCAGCCAAAUAUGCAGCCAUGCAGGCCUUACUGGGAUCAGGGGGCUACAGAGGUGCUGGCUGUCAGGGUGAAUACUGUGGCCGAAGGAGGAAGUGAGAAACCAACAGGAAGUGACCUCAUUAAAACAACAGUGGUGCUACUGCAUGAUCCCAAAUUGUAGAUGUUUAAACCUGCCAUAGAAGCUAAAGCUUCAACACACUCCAUGUUACCUUUUCAUUUUCUUAAAUUUUAUACAAGGGUCUCUUUCAAAAAGAGCAGUGGUUCUCAACUUGUUAGGGUCAUGAUUCCUUAAGACAAGGCGAUGCCUCUGUUGUAGGCAGAGUGGCGAAAUGCGUCCUUGUCAUGGAUAAUUGAGCGAUGGUCAAAGAAUUAAAAAUAUUCACCAUUUCAGAAAAAGAAGCACAAAUUAAAGUAGAGUCCCUAUGGGGAAAUAAUUGUUAUGAAUCAUCUUGUCACCCUCUGGGGAUCCAGACCUCCAGGCUGAGAACCACUGAAAUAAAAGAUUUUAAGACCAAGUUGUGCUAUAAUACAGUAUUUGCUUAUUGUUGUUGCGUUUGAACAUCAUUUGUGUUCCUGUGCAAGUUAUCACCAUGAAUCCUCUGGGUGAAGACCAAGGACUCCCUCAGGGCAGCUCCUUCAGACCUGUCUGCAUGCUGAUGACACAAGUUUUUUUUGUUUUUUUUUUAAAUACCUUCUCCAAUGCCACAUUUUUAUCCAGUUAGACUGGAUUUUCCUUAGGUCUGCAGAGUGUACUGUUUGUUUCAUGUGCAAACUCUUAGUUAGUCUGUCCAGCAGUGUGUACGGACAGAAACAGACGGCUGCUAUUUUGGGGAACUGUGAACAAAAGGGACUCUUCGUGGAAUUUUUCAUGGUGUGGUGUUUUUGACCAGCCAUUAUCUGAUCCCUGAAAAGCAGUCUGUGUUCAUUUCAAGGCCUCGGCAGUACCAACAAAUGUGGAGGCUGAGGGUCACUUGUGAAUCCUUCCCCUUCAUUCACGACACUAUAAAGGCAAUGUUUUAUAGCUACAUAACGCAAAUUUUGGUUUACAUGCAUAUUUCAUAUUUCAUUUUUAGGAUGUAUUUGUUAUGAUAUUCUGAUGUGGCUUAGAUUUGACUUAGAUUAGCUGUUACAGAAAGCAUUAAAACCAAAUGUGAGGUAAUAUGAUUUGAAUACAUGAUGUGUUUAAAUGACAUCUGAGGAGUGAUUACUGUGUUUUUCUUUUUUUUUUUGAUGUACCUCCUUUAACACUGUUGGAAAAUCGUUCACGUUUACUAGUCGUUUUAAAUUAUGCUGAGAAAAAAGCAAAAAAGCUAUGUUCUUUAUCUACUUAGUCUCAUUUUACGACUUCAAGUGAAUUAAUACAGUAUUAAAUAUUUUGUGUGUGUGAGUUUUAACAGUUUUUAAAGUUAUGUACUACUAUGAUACAUACAAGUGCUUGGUUUUCUACAUUGUCCUUGAAUGUGUGCUGAAUCACACUGUAGGCUGUGAUAUCAUUGCGAUAAAAAAAGUGUAACUGAAGCUUACAUUUGUGUCUCUAUCAUGUAGCUCAACGUGUGUUUUUAACAUCUGUGUUUUUUUAUGUGGCCUAUGAAGAAAACUGUGCACUUUUUGUACACUUUCUGACAAUGCUUUCUCAAAUAAAGAAGUGACCAG